AAGGUGUGCUGUCUCCUGGUAAUUGUUUUCUUCAUCGAUGGUCGUAUUCAAUGGGGAACCUAUACGCUAAUAUAUACGCUUUCUUUUGUGCUGGCCUUCGGAUGCAUGCUCACACUUCUUCUUCAUUACUUUGAAGUUCCAAAGGAAUCAAGAGGAGGACCGUGGACGAACAUGGUGACCUCUAAUGCCUUUCUCGCUCAAAUCUCCGUCUGCUGCGCUAAUAUCGUGCGCUUCACUUCAAAGCUGUUGCCGCUGUACUCCUUAAUUCUAUGCCUACCAAGCACCGUUAUCAGGGUGGCACGCCUCAUACUAGCUGAGAGCUCAUUAAUUCUUAUAGCUAGUUGUCUUUCCGUUUCUCCUAUGUUUUUUGAUCGACAUCCUCGGCGUUCCAUCUGGCAGAUCACGCCUAUCACUGCGCAAUCACCCGUUUUUCCGUAG